ACCUAAAAGCUUGCUUUGAACUAUGAUGGUCAACUUGUGGUCCAAACUACUGCAUGAUAUCACAAAGCAUAUGAACAAAUGGUUGAAAGUAUAUUAAAGGUAUUACAUUUAGAAAUGUAGGCAUUAACUUAUGUUGCCCUAAGUGUACACGUUAUGCAAAUAUCACCCAGCUAUACAGUAUCUGCAGCAAAUAUCAGCUCUAAUCAUUUAAAGGGGUUAUAAUGUAAUGGGAAUCCAAACUACAUUACUUAUUAACCUUUUUUUAACUAAUGAAUACAACAAAUGGUUGUUACAGAAAGAGCCAAAGUUGAAUUUAUUUACUGCAGUAUGUGUAUUCUAGGGUAGAUCUCAUUACCCUCUGUAUUUAAAAUUCUUACAUGUUUAUUGUUGCAUCAGUCUGGGGGUGGGGGAUUUGCUGUAUGGGACAUACAGUCAGGUUGGUCACAUGAAGACAGUAAAAAGAAAGAUUGUAAAAUUCUUUCCUGGAUUAAAAAGAAAUGGAUUACACCAGUCAGUGUUGCUGCCGCUCACUUACUGCUUGCUUUGUAUCUGUUUGUCGUCUGUAGCCCUUCCCACUCAACUUUUCAGCCUUGUGCCCACUCAACUGGCGCUACAGGCCAUUUAAUCUCAUAGAGAUGGUAGAAGCGGAGGCACGUCAAAUCAAAUGGUAGCCAUGGGAGGGACUGAAAUGUUUUGGUUCUUGCAUGUGUUAUUACCUGCUGUCUCUGGAACUGAAGAGCCUUGAGUGAUAUGAAGAUGAUUGGGAUCUGUUUUCUGUGGACUCUGUUGGUGAUUCACUGUGUGUUUGUGUGCGGUGACAUUCAAUUCCUUGAGAGGCAGGAGGGUGACUUGGUAGUCUUUCCUUGCUCCAUCAAGUCUAGCAUCCAUUCACCUGCAGCCUUCUCUUUAAAGCGCACUUGGUUGCAUCCUGAUGAUGUUCUCUUCAAGUACAAGGGGACGGAGGCGCAUGUGGAAAAGGCUCGUGACAAACGGCGUCUGGCGGUCAACGGCGACCCAAGCAACCACUCUGUGAAUGUGACAAUGUCUGACCUCAAAGCCAAUGACACCGACCGAUACGUUUGUGAGUUUGUGAUAGAGAACCCUUCUUCUGAGGAUGAACACCGAACGGGAGAGACAGAAUUCUUCCUCCUUGUUGAUACUGACGCCCCCGGUGGUUGGGUGGACGUGGGGCCGAUAGAAGUGUGCGCCGGGGGCUCGGCCGUCAUCCCCUGUCUCCCCCCCCGCGGCGAGGAUCUGCCAGUGGAGGGGGUGAGCCUGACGAGGCGAAGGGGCCGCGAUCCCGUGGAGCUGCUCUACCACUCCAAGCGCCACCACCGCACCGGGCCGCCGCUCUCCUCCGCUUCCUCCUCCGCUUCCUCCUCCUCACGCUUCCAGCUGUGGUCGUCCCCGGGCCCCACGGGCUUCACUUACAACCUCACCCUGCGUCAGCUGCAGCCAGAGGACGGUGGCUUGUACAGCUGCCAGCUCCUCCUGCGCGGCCACCAUGACGGUAGCACGUCACUAGACAGCCGACGGGCCGUCUUUGUUUCCGUGCAAGGUCAGUGCAGCUGCUCUGAUUACACCACGCUGCUCUACGCGCUCUCUUCCUCCGUGGUGGUCCUCCUUGUGCUGCUCGCCACGCUGCUGCUCUGCCAAAAAAAAGCGUGCGGCUCCAAGCAGCACCCUCAAGUCCCCAUCUACGAGGAGAUGGUCGGCGUGCAGACCCCCGCUGACAAAUUGGAUCCUCGGCAUCUAGAGGAGCCGAGCGUGUACAGAAACUGCAGGAGGAAGAAAUCCUGCCCAGGAAACGAGUACGAAACUUCAAACGGGGCUCUCAGAAAGUAAAGUAGAACUUGUUAAGUCAGACAACAAACUAGCUGAAUAGCUUGAUGCAAAGAUUACUUCUAUGCUAGCCAAUGAGUUAUGUCGCGGUACAUGCACACAAACGCAGCUCUCCCAAUUUCACUUUUGCCUCCAUCUAAACUCCUUAGACCAGGGGUCACCAACGCGGUGCCCGCAGGCACCAGGUAGCCCGUAAACACCAGAUGAGUCGCCCGCUGGCCUGUUCUAAAAAUAGCUAAAAUAGCAGCACUUACCAGUGAGCUGCCUCUAUUUUUUACAUUUUAUUUAUUUAUUAGCAAGCUGGUCUCGCUUUGCUCGACAUUUUUAAUUCUAAGAGAGACAAAAUUUAAAUAGAAUUUCUAAACCCAAGAAAAUAUUUUAAAGACUUGGUCUUCACUUGUUUAAAUAAAUUCAUAUAUUUUUUUUAAACUUUGCUUCUUAUAGCUUUCAGAAAGAACAUUUUUGAGAAAAAAAUACAACCUAAAAAAUUAUUUUAGGAUUUUUAAACACAUAUACCUUUUUACCUUUUAAAUUCCUUCCUCUUCUUUCCUGACAAUUUAAAUCAAUGUUCAAGUAUUUUUUUUUUUUUUUUUAUUGAACAGAACAAUAAAUACAUUUUAAUUUAAUUAUUCAUUUUAGCUUCUGUUUUUUUCGACAAAGAAUAUUUGUAAAAUAUUUCUUCAAACUUAUUAAAAUAAAAAAAAAUAUUCUGGCAAAUGUAGAAAAUCUGUAGAACCAAAUUUAAAUCCUAUUUCAAAGUCUUUUGAAUUUCUUUUAAAAUUUUUGUUCUGGAAAAUGUAGAAGAAAUAAUGAUUUGUCUUUGUUAGAAAUAUAGCUUGGUCCAAUUUGUUAUAUAUUAUAAAAAAAAGUUCAGAUUGGAUUUUAACCUAUUUAAAACAUGUCAUCAAAAUUCUAAAAUUAAUUUUAAUCAGGAAAAUGAUGUUCCAUAAAAUAUUUUUUUAUUUAAAAAAAAAAAAAAAUUAAUUAGCUAAUUUUUGUAUUCAUUUUUUUCGGUUGAAUUUUGAAUUUUAGAGUCGAAAUUGAAGCUAAACUUUGUUUCGAAAUUGUAUUUUAAUUUUUUUCGGGUUUUUUUCUCUUUUAAACCGUUCAAUUAAGUGUUUUUUUAAUCAUUUAUUCUGUACAAAAAACCUUCCGUAAAAGGAAAAAAAAAUGUACGACGGAAUGACAGACAGAAAUACCCAUUUUUUUUUUUAAAUAUAUAGAGAUUGAUUUAUUAAUGGUAAAUUGAGCAAAUUGGCUUUCUGGCAAUUUAUUUAAGUGUGUAUCAAACUGGUAACCCUUCGCAUUAAUCAGUACCCAAGAAGUAGCUCUUGCUUUCAAAAAGGUUGGUGACCCCUGCCUUAGAGGAACUUUUCAAAGUCAGAAAAUAUAUUACCCUCAAAUAUCUGGAGAAUAUUCUCUUGUGCGGCCACAAUAUUAUCUUGCUGUUCACUUGUGUCGGAAAAUAUCCACACAACAUUCUCAGUGCAUAUUAAACCUAUACAUUGACUACUCUUAAGUAUAGACACCUUUUACUUUUAUAGUGUUGUCCCUUGCUUUUUGCCGAAGUGUGAGGGCAUUUCCUAUGUUUGUGGGACACAAAGCGUUGCCAGAUGUACAAUGAUUAUCAUUUUUGGGUCAUCCCCACAACUCAGUGCCAUUCCCGCGUUGUGACUUGCACAAUAUUUCCAUCUAAUAUUUUACUUCCUGAACAUUGGAAGAAUUUAAAAGGUUGUUUAUCAGACUUAACAAUAGGACGUAUUUAUUUAAAGUAUUAAAUGUAUUCUAUUUUACAUUUGUUUAGAAAUUGGCAAAAUACUUCACAGCAAAAAGUAUAAAUUGUAUAACUUUUAGGAUUUAAAAGUGCCCCAGCUCACCAGCUUUUCUGCUGCUUUAAGCUACCAGCUAGUUGGCAAAUGUUACAGUGAACCCCGUAAGAUCCAACCGAAACAUCCGAUGUCUUACGAGCUAACAUUAGCUUAGAGCUAGAAAUCGACAUAACUGUUUUUUUACGACGUAAAGGAAGAAAGUGCAUGUGAAAGUCAGUGCUAGAAAGAAGCACAUGAUAUUAAUUGAAUCAAAGAAAUAAACAUGACAAAGCGUGUAGCUGACUUGAAGUACUUAGUGUAUCACUGCGAGUUUUCACCAAACUGAAACAGAAUGAGUCCAAAAUGCCAGCCAAGAACAUUACAAUUGUAUAAAUGGCAGAUUCAUUGAAGCUGCUGAUGGUGUGUUUGACAGAAGCAGCUCUUAGUGUAGAAGUCAAUUCUCCCAAGGUAAAUGCUGUACAUUUCUAAAACUACUGUAAUUGAUUGCAGUACAUUCCAGAUAUGUUGUUUGUAUUCUGUAUUUCCUAUCUAAUGUAUUUUUCUUUUUAAAAGACCUGUUAAAACUGUUUACUUUUGUAAGUGCCAAAUACCAACAAUUGAUUAGAAUUCCUUUCACAAUACCAGCUAUGUCACAAAACCAGUCCACACAAAAAGUAUACACAGCGCUUCAUAUUUUCCACAUGUUUGAGGACAAACAUUAAUUUAAUUCAUUUUGGAAUAACUUGUCUCUAUCUUCCUCCCACUUCCAAAGACAUGCACCUGGGGAUAGGUUGAUUGGCAACACUAAAUUGGGCCUAGUGUGUGAAUGUGAUAGACUUGUCCGACUGCGUGCAGCUGGGAUAGGCUCCAGCACCCCCAUGACCUUGAGAGGGACAAUCGGUUGAUGGAAUAACUUGUAACAUAAAAUGUGGAAAAAGUGAAGCGCUUAGAAUACUUUCUGGAUGCUUUGGAAAAUAAAAUUAAUUUUUCUUUGAAAAGUAAAGCUAAAAGUGUUAUCUAUGAUCUUAUCUUAUUCCCCAUCUGGCAACCCAGCAGCUAAAGUAGAGCUAUACACAAAUGUAUACAGUGUUCUGUUUUCCUGAAAAGAAAGAGAAAGACGACAAACUGAAAUAACAGCCAAGAAAAUCUGAACUUUAUUAAUAGAAUCGGAAAUAAGCUCCAUAAAUUCACAUGGAAACUUGUUUUUGUCCGGUGCAUGUCCUUAACAAUCACAUUCUAUGAGGAAAAGGAACAACAUUAAAAGCCACAACUUUGUAUUUCAGUUACAGACAUUUUUUUGCACGUUUUUUUUCUUUUCUUUUUAAAGUAAAGGCAAAAGUACCCCCAUCCCCCCCACUCCCCCAUCCUAAAAAACCCUUUAAAGAGCCUUUUAUUAAAAUCCUGGGCUUCUUCUCAGUAGGACCCACAGUGCUUUAGCAGAAGGACAAGCGCUCAUUGGUUAAAAGGGUUACACAGCAUGGCGAUGUAAGGGCUCGCUAAAACAUGACAAGAGACAAAAAGCAGACAUCAAACCCUGAACCCCAAGGACUUGCCCCUCCCACUUUGUGCAUAGAUCAUGAUCCUUUUAAAACCAGCUGUUUGCACGGAGAGAUGAUUGACAAGUAACAUCCUGCACAGGAAUACACAUAGAAGCAAGAACAUUUUCAUUGAUCUGUUUCAAAUGUAAAGCAACGUCUACUUGGGAUUUCACAUGUAAAGCACUUUCUUUUUCUCUUUAAAUUCAGUUGAUUCUCAGUCUUAUUUGGUAAAUAUGUGGAACUUGCUACAAACAUUUCUUCUUGUCUUUUCAACUCAAAACAAAGAAAGCAAUCGCUUCACCGGUGCCUGUUGCUUAGUUGUGAAGAAACGAUGGAGGAGUUGGGAUGUUAGAACCCUGACCUUCCUGAGACAAAAAUCCAUGAAUCUUUUACAAGUGUGCAAGAUAGUGACCCAUAAUAAUGGCAAACAACACAAACACAAAAAAAGAGAUCAUGUGUCAACAACUUGAAAUAGGACAACACAACACUGAUCAAUCCCAGAGUUCGCAAAGUAGCAUAAAUCUUCAUUUUGCAAGGUUUUCAUGUCCGUGUUUGACGCUUUUAUGAAACACACAACAUUCCUGUCAUAGAUUCCUACUCGCUCCACGGUUACACAAAUGAAAUGCUUGUAAAUGACAACAAGUGGCUUUUGCAGAAGAAGAAUCAAACAAAAUUAUAGGCACCUCUGAAAUGACAUCCCCUCCUGUUUCCCAUUGCUCUUGAAGCUAACACUAAUUCCUAUGGCCACACCUUAAUAGUUGUUUUUUUUAACCGUUUUACAUGGGAACACAAUGGUGCAAUACUCAUUGAUAAUCCUGCAUGGGGAUUAUUCCACAAUAAAAGCCACUAUAAGGUAGAUAAACUUUUAUACAAUGAAAAGAAAAAGUCCAUUAAGUCCUUGAGUAAACAUUUACACAUGAGUUGUCACCGUCUCCCCUCCGUACUUUUGUCUACGAUUAGCUGAGUGAGGGCUACGACACACUAAGUGCAACAUUAGAAGGUGACACACACACACACACACACACACACACACACACACACACACACACACACACACACA